AGUGCUUUGCUCUUUUGCAGUAAAGUAGCCACAAUGUUCUUUGGAUGGAAAGUGACAAUUUUUUGCUCUCUGCUUCUAUGCGAUGUGGCCAGGACUUCAACUGGUACAAAUAGACAGUUGUCUGGUUCAGUUAUUAAACCUGGAUUUCCUAUCUCUGUCAAGACCAAUGACCCAGGGGUUCGGAAAGCUGCCAGAUUUGGUGUUUACAGAUACAACAACAGUUCAAAUGACAUAUUUCUAUUCAAAGAAUCUCACAUAAACAAAGCUACGUUACAGGUAGUUAAAGGACUGAAAUACAGACUUGAUGUUGAUAUCCGCCGGACAGUGUGCAGCAAAAGGAUGCAUCCCGACUUGGACAGAUGUGAUUUCCAGAGGAAUGAGACCUUGAGAAAAACAUUCAGAUGCUAUUUUGAAGUCUUGCUAAUGCCCUGGCUGCAGAGAAUCCAAGUUCCAGUCUCCCUCUGUUCAUGACCUCUCUUCAAGAAAAGUUAUGGGCUCAACAUGUUCGUGCUAUAUCAAUUGUUCAGUGACCAAUUGUCAAUAAAGACACUGGACUGUAAACCA